AUGCAGUCUGCACGUAGCUCACAUCUAAUCAAAGAUGUAGAACCCGACGUUUUUCGUCUAGUGUCCCGUUUUAUCUACACAAACUGUAUCACAUUUGAAAAUCUGCACACCAGUAAGCUAAUCGAACUUAUGUAUGCUGCUCUGCGAUUUCAGCUUACGGAACUCGCUAAACUCGUGGAAUCUCAUUUAGUGAGUCUCAUAGACGACAACACCGUCUUUGACCUUUUGAAUAUCGCUGUGAAAUAUAAGAGUACAGAUUUAGCUAGUACUGCUAUGGCCUUCAUUCAGACAAACGGAUCGAGUUUGCUCAAUGCGAGCAAUCCGGCUAUUAACACUCUCACUCCAGCCGCAAUGACUAUGAUUCUUCAAAGUGAUGAGCUUCCCGUGGAUGAAAUGACUCUAUUCCUAAUGGCCGCUGAAUGGGCCGAAGUUUACUGUCUUAAUGACGGACAGCAGUUUAAUCAGAUUUCGCGUAGCAAAUCAAGCACACGCGCUUCAUUAAAUCCGCUAACAAGUUCCAAAACCAAUCAGUGGAGUCCCCGAUCAACUUUUCACGGAUCAUUCGGUGCAUCCACAGUCAGGUCUGCAAGAAAAAAACGAGCAAAAACAAAAAGGUUGGUAUCGGAAGUGAUGUCAAUGAUACGAUACGCAUUGCUAACUCCGGAUCAGUUGAGAGAAAUCGAACAAAAGGAGGAGUAUCGGGAACUCAUCCCAACCGGAACGGGUGAUCUUUGUGGUGCUCGGGAAAUUGCUGUGACAACCAAAUCGUCCCAUUCUGAAACUAAAUGUCUCGCAGAUGCCUGGCGUAUUUUGACUUUCAAACAAACCGGUGGCCAUACGGACAGUUCAUCGAGUUUACCAACCACGGUGGCAAAACGUAGAGCAGGCUCGUUUGUCGGGACCAAGAAAAAGCAGAAUGGUGAAAUCUAUUCAGCUUGA